UUUUUUUUUUUUUUUGUGUUAGUGAAAAAGACAAAAUGAAGUUUUUACUGCUAAUGUUCCUUGUUCAUCAGUCUUCGGGCGUUAUUUAUCAUUUAAAUUUCACGGAGUACAGCAAAAUGCCGGAGCUGUAUCACAUGGACGACUAUGACACGUGCGUCGUGGAGCCGGGGGGGACUUACUGCCUUUUCGACGCCGAUCUCUACUCGAAAGACAACUCCGAACUCAUGGAAAUGAUAAAGGAAUACACAGCCUAUGAAGUGAAGCAUUUCAACCAUACAGUCGUGCAUCGAGCGUUGUGCGUCCAGAAAACUUGUAAAGACUUCAUGCAGAACAGGAGUCUUGAAAACGAGGAGGACUUAAAAGCCGUCCUUGAGGCGUGCGUCGAUGACGAGCUGUGGAAAGGAUACAAGCUUAACGCCAGGUUAUCCGAAAUAACAUACUGCAAAAAACACGGUGAAAAGAGUUCCCUCAGCAUCGGAGACUACGUGGUCGGAGCUGUCUAUCUGAUAUUGAUCAUUUUGAACGCGGCUGGGACAUCAUACGACAUCCUAAAGGGCGAGAAAACAGGGAACCCGUACUUAAUGGCGUUUUCCUUGCGCAAAAACUGGCGUAAGCUGGUGGCGCCCAGCGGAAAGGGCCCCGAGCCUAGGCUCAACAGGCUCAAGAUUUUCAACGGUCUGAGGGCGAUGACGAUGAUUUGCGUGUUUUUCUCCCACACGGCCCUGGUACUGGCAUACACCUACCUCAAGAAUCCCUACUACAUCGAAACGUCAUACGAUGAUCCUGCAAAAUACAUCUUGUUCAACGGUAACCUGGUGACGUACACGUUCUUCGUAAUGUCCGGAUUCCUACUGGCGUUCAACUUCGAGCUUCACGCCGAGAAGCACCGAGUCAGUCUGUGGGACUGGCCUAAAGGCAUGCUGAUGCGAUGGCUGAGGUUAGGUCAUAGUCAAAUAGGAUAG